AUGAAUAAUUUAGAAACUACAAAUUAUAACGGUUCUGAUGUAAUAAUCAUAGUUGGUGAAAAACCAAAUGAAAAAGAAUUCAAAGCAAAAAAGUCAAUCUUGACCAGUAAAUCGGAAUAUUUUAAAAUUGCGUUGUCGAUACAAUGGGCAAGAAAAGAGAAUGGAUAUAUUAUAUUUAAAAAACCCAACAUUUCUCCUUCAGUAUUUGAAAUUCUUUUAAAAUACAUUUAUACAGGAAAUAUUUUCGUUGAAAACGAUAAAGUUAGCCUCGUUGAUAUUGCUAUUGCGAGUGACGAGCUUCAAUUAAGUGGAGCCUAUAAAAAACUUGAAAGACGCUUGCUUAAGAAUAAAUUAUCUUGGAAACCAAGUGACAUUUUUACGGUUCUUCAACACGAUAAUUUAACUACCUUGUAUAAUGCCUCUAUAGAAUUGGCAUGUAGAAAUCCUAAAACUAUCUUUGAAUCAGAAGAUUUCUUUGAUAUGAAAGAAAAUAAUCUCGUUGAUAUUUUGAAAUCCGACGAUCUUGAAUUAGACGAAUUUGAAAUUUGGGAAUACCUAAUCCAGUGGGGAAUCGAAAAUACCACUUCUGAUAUCGACAAGGAUUUUAGAAAAUGGACACCAGGGAAUUUUAAUGACUUAAAAAAUACUCUGCAGAAUUGUGUUCCUCAUAUUCGAUUUUUUCAAAUGUUACCUAACGACUAUUCAAAGGUUAGAGAUCAUUUUAAGGAUAUUCUACCGGAUGGUCUUGAUAAUGAAAUUACAGAAUAUUUUUCAAAUCCUAAUUUUGAACCCUCAAUCAACAUCUUGCCGCCAAGAAAAUAUCCAUUCGAAUCAAAUAUUAUUCAUGCUAAGGAUGCAGGAUUAAUAGCUAGUUGGAUCGAUAAGCGAGAAACGCCGUACCGUAUUGCAAAUUUACCUUUUGAAUUCAAGCUUAUUUAUCGUGCAAGUCGUGAUGGUUUUGGAAUUGAAAAUUUUCAUAAAAAUUGUGAUAAAAAGGGACCAACAGUUGUGGUUAUUAAAGUUCACAAUUCAGAGGAAAUAAUUGGCGGAUAUAAUCCAUUAAAAUGGGAUGCAGGUUUAGAAGAAAAUGAAUAUAUUGUGCGAUCUGUUGAUUAUAAUCGCGAAACGUCAAAAAGUUUUAUAUUUUCCCUAAAAAAUCGACAUUCAUUAUUAAGUCAAAUAUCUUAUAAAGAAAAAGCGAUAAUUUGGUGUAGAGAGAAAGGGCCAUGCUUUGGUUCACGCGAUCUGCACAUUAUUUCAGCAGGAUCCGAUAUUAUUUGUAGGAGCAAAAGAUACUCUUACGAGAAGAACAUUAUAGAAAAAGAAACCUUUAAAAUAGAAGAAUACGAGGAUGGUCUAAGAGAAACUUCCGAAUUUUUAUGA